AUUUUCUGGAAAAUUCCCAAUGAAUGUGCUGAUAUUGUGGAAGCUAUGCAUUUCCAGAGACUGCAUGGCGAAUGCAAAUGGAUCUCUUGGUGGAUUCAAAGAGAAAUGCUGGUGAAUCCUGAAAAGCAUGAAAAUUUUCCUCACCUAGUCAAUCAUUCAUUCACCGUCAUUAUAAUUGAAACCAAUAGAGUUAAGAGGUGACUUACUUUUUAUUCAUGAAAAAAACUCAAUCAGAAUGUUCCAGAUGGUUGGUCUACAUUCAUGUAGAUUCUAUACUCAUGGGAUGACUGUGGCUCGAAAUAUUUUAUAAUCCUAGAUCAUAUUGUAUAAGCUUUAAGCUCAAGAUGAUCCAAUGGGUUAUGCGCUCGUUUUGAUACUUAAAAACCUAAUCAAAAUGUAGCCUCUAAUGCCCAUUUCUUUUUAUGUGAGGGCAAUAUAUAACUAUGUCAUCAUUCGUAUGACAACAAAAUUGUGUCUGUCUUUUCUUUUCUUUUUUUUGAUUGUGUUAUGUUAUGAAUAAUUUUGGGUGAUGUGAAAUAGCUUCCAAACAUAGCCGAAGCUUGUUCAUAUUGGCUUUUACUCAGCUGACUUACCGAAUUUUCAGUCCUUUUGAUCUUUUUUUCUAUUUAUAUAUAUAUUUUUGCACAUGUGAUACCUUUAAGAAAAUAAUGCGACUAAAAGCUAAACAAAUAGCCAUUAAACUAAUAGGGAUAUUACCUCCCUAUGCGUAUGGAUGACGACUGCCCGCAUAGUAUAAAUAUAGAAAAGACAGGUGUGAUUGUAGUGCUGACAUUUGCAUGUAAAAUCCUUAGUGUUACUACACAAUAUUACUGCAGAGACGAGCCACCCUUAAACGUUUACGACAAUAGAAAGAGAUGAAAGUGAAGAUAGAUAGCUGUACAUUUUCAUUUUCUCCAAAAAAGGCCAGCUCAACAAAUUUAGCCCCACCACCUGUUUAAGCCUCCUACUCUUAUAGAAAGCAAACACACACACACACACACACAUAUAAAUAACACAUUUCCUAGUGUCUUCCAUAUUCUUUCUUCUGAGUUUUGAAUGUUUUAGCUAUAUAUAUUGCAUAUAUCUUAAAGCCUGCUUUCCAUUCUUCUACUUCUCUUCUAUCAGUCUUCUUUCUUUUCUAUGUACAGAACCAUGUCUAGUUUGAAUCAUCUGAGUUCGAGCUUCUUUCCAGUUAGAAACAGUUCUUCACCGUACUUAAGGAUCCAAUCAGAUGCUGAAAGGGAAUACUUGGCAGAGCUAUUGGAAGAGAUGCAGAAGCUUGGACCUUUCAAACAAGUGUUUCCUAUUUGUGACCGGCUUUUGGAUCAAGAGAUAACAAAAGUUUCCGGGAUGUUUGCCUCCAAAGUGUUCGAAGAUUAUGACAAACUUCAGCUAAGCAGUCGUAGCCCCUUGGCUUCAAUGAAUGUGAUGCCGGAUGUUGGAGGAAGUAGUAACUGGAAUGGGAAUGGCUCUCACACCAUUAAACCUGAGAUACUUCGGGGGCCGCAUUGUAUGACCAUGGACAGGCAAACAGCUCAGGGAGAUCCAGAUUUGUUUUCGGUGAGGAGGGUAUUGCGCUUGGAUAUACCAGUUGAUAAAUAUCCGGAUUACAACUUUGUGGGUAGACUUUUAGGCCCCCGUGGCAACUCCCUCAAGCGAGUAGAAGCUUCUACUGGCUGUCGCAUUUAUAUCAGGGGAAGGGGUUCGGUAAAGGAUCCCAACAAGGAAGAGAAACUGAGGGGGAAACCUGGAUAUGAGCAUUUAAAUGAGCCAUUGCACAUUCUGAUUGAGGCGGAAUCGCCUGCCAAUUUUAGCGAUGGAAGGCUGAUGCAGGCAAAAGAGAUCCUUGAAGAACGGCUUAUACCCGUGGAUGACGAGGCGCAAGAUUAUUACAAGAAAGAACAACUCCGAGAACUAGCCAUGAUCAAGAAUAGUCGAGCACAGAGUCCCCAGCCAAGCGGGAGCUUGUCUCCCUCCGUCUCUAAUGGAAAGAAGCAUCUUAAUGAUCCUAAACAAACUCGUUGAGGACCAUGUCGUGCGUAUUGAUCCCCGUCUGCUCAAGAACAACAAGGUACUCUACAAAGCCGACGAAAUGUAAAUAUUGCGUUUUUUUCGUUAUUUUGGUAGCGACUGCUCGACUCGAAUAAAUUACUACACCGUAUGACUGUUGGAUCUUCCUGCUUCUCUGUUUGUGUAUAUUUCUCAGAUGACCAGACUCUGUUUCUAUCGAACCUUCGUUUUCUUCUUCGU